AUGCCUGAGAUGCCUCCGUGGCCCUGGCUGCUGUCUCUCACACCUCCCCCUGUUCCAACUAUGUGCUCGGCCCGGUCCCUCUCGCCUGCGCGUGACAUCACAAGCUGUUUCCACUCGCUGAGCAGACAGGAUAUCGCUGAAGAGCCUGGCACUCGAGUGGAAGGGAAACCGAAGCACCCGGAGGAAACCAAAGCACCCGGAGGAAACCGAAGCACCCGGAGGAAACCGAAGCACCCGGAGGAAACCAAAGCACCCGGAGGAAACCGAAGCACCCGGAGGAAACCGAAGCACCCGGAGGAAACCGAAGCACCCGGAGGAAACCGAAGCACCCGGAGGAAACCAAAGCACCCGGAGGAAACCAAAGCACCCGGAGGAAACCGAAGCACCCGGAGGAAACCGGAGCACCCGGAGGAAACCAAAGCACCCGGAGGAUACCGAAGCACCCGGAGGAAACCGAAGCACCCGGAGGAAACCAAAGCACCCGGAGGAAACCAAAGCACCCGGAGGAAACCGAAGCACCCGGAGGAAACCGGAGCACCCCGAGGAAACCGAAGCACCAGGAGGAAACCGAAGCACCUGGAGGAAACCGGAGCACCCCGAGGAAACCGAAGCACCAGGAGGAAACCGAAGCACCUGGAGAAAACCAAAGCACCAAGAGGAAACCGAAGUACCAAGAGGAAACCGAAGCACCCGGAGGAAACCGAAGCACCCGGAGGAAACCAAAGCACCCGGAGGAAACCGAAGCACCCGGAGGAAACCGGAGCAGCCCGAGGAAACCGAAGCACCAGGAGGAAACCGAAGCACCAAGAGGAAACCGAAGUACCAAGAGGAAACCGAAGCACCCGGAGGAAACCGAAGCACCCGGAGGAAACCGAAGCACCCGGAGGAAACCAAAGCACCCGGAGGAAACCGAAGCACCCGGAGGAAACCGAAGCACCCGGAGGAAACCGAAGCACCCGGAGGAAACCGAAGCACCCGGAGGAAACCGAAGCACCCGGAGGAAACCAAAGCACCCGGAGGAAACCGAAGAACCCUGCAUCACUGAUCCUCUGCAUCACUGAUCCUCUGCUUCACUGA